ACCAAACAAUGGUCAAGCACGCAACUUUGUUACUCUUCCUGUCGAUGGUAUGGACUUUGGUGCUCUCAAGGCCCCAUCUUGGAUUCGGAUUUGGUCUCGGCCUUGGUGGUCUUAGGGGUCUCGGUGGUCUCGGCGGCUACGGUGGCUACGGCGGCUACGGUGGCUACGGUGGCUACGGUGGCUACGGUGGUUAUGGAGACUACGGCACCCGGGGCUACGGUUAUUAUCCAUUAAUAUAUUACUGAACUAAAAUAUAUAACAAAUAAAAUUAAAAUGAAUACUCAAAAUAAUUACAUUUAAAUAAAUGCUCUAUUUCC